GACGAAAACAGUCCACCAGUGUAUCCGCCGAAGAAGAAAAAGAAGAGCGAUGCGUUGCAGAAAUGCGACAGCGAUACAAAGCAGUUCCAGAUGGAACUGUUCCUUACGGCGGUCAUCGAAUUCUUCUGCAACAGUGAGCACGAUCAACUGCGUAACUUUUUGUGUUGUUUUUUCAGUGUGAUGUUACAGGAAAAUGAUAGAGUCGGACUAAAGCAAAUGGCUGUAAGGGGACAUUUCAUUCGUCCGUCAUUACUCUCCGUUGAACAGGAGGCGCUCCGUCGCGCUUUCGGAAGACGAAUUUUGCAGAUGUUCAGUGGUCCCUCAAAUUUAAACAUCGAUAAAAGGUUAACUGUUAAUGAACCAGCAAAAUCAGACUUUCCGAUAUCAAGCCGGUAUGAGACCGAUUUCAAAGAAAUAAAGAUGAUUGGAAAAGGAGGAUUUGGACAAGUUUUUCAUGUAAUUUGCACUGAACUAAUGAUUUUGUGA